AUGACUAAAACAGCCGUUCUCCCAGUUGAUCUUUUAAUCAGCUCAGUUUUAAGGUGUUUUAUAUGUGGUGAUGGCAAUUUGGACGAAUUUGGCGAGUGCAGUGCUCAAUUUGAAUACAACUGCUCGAAUUAUGCGAAACGUUUCCAGUCCGAUGAACCUAUAUUUUGUCGUACAACACGUUGUACAGACAUCAAACUUUCAGACACGUAUACAAUAAUGAAGGAGUGCAUAAGUGAGCAGGAUCACUAUCGGACAUUCCCCAAGAAAGAUUACCGGCUGCAAGAGGAGUGCGAUCUGAUUGAAAGCGAGUCACAAGAACUGGCUUAUUGCUUGUGUGGAACCGACUUAUGCAAUGAAAGACCAAUUGCAGAACAAUUCAUUGCGUUUGAAGAGGUGAACACUGCUUUUUGGAUUGGAACAGGUAGUUUUCUUUGGAUAAUUGCGCUCCCAACGGAAAUGCGCAAUCGAGAUUUCAAAUGA